GAUGGAGCCGGCUCUGGAGCUGGAACCGCGGACGCCUGUGCAAGGGCCGAAGCACCGGGAAAGGCCGGGCCCGGACUCGGGUUAUGGCUCCAGCAUCCACCGGCGUCCGCAGCGUCUGUCAGACUCGCCCGAGGUUGUGGUGGGAAAGUUCUCGCUCCCCGGAGCCGGGUGCGAGUCCGGCCCCAACAGCCCCGCAGCGGCCGCGCUCGCAGACGAGUCCGGCUGCAGCCUCCUGCAGGAGGAUGAGGAGCCGGUGCGACGGGGACGGGCACGGGCGGCUUCCCCGGAACAGCGAGGCGCAGCGACAGACUCGGAGCCCCCGGCGCCUGCCCGUGCACCGGUGAAGCGCCCUUGCGGUCAGUGCUCCAACAGCGUCUGGAAAGUAAUAGCUGGUGUGGCUGUGGCUGUGGCUGUGGCUAUUUUGACAGGAACUUUCUCUCGAAAGGUCAGGCAGUGUCCAGAAGAAUGGAUAUGUUUUAGAGGGAACUGUUAUUAUUUUUCCACUGAUACAAAGAGCUGGGAUGACAGUAAGAAGUACUGCGCCUCACAUGGCGCAACACUUCCUGUGAUAAAAGACAAACUGCAACUGGAGAACAUCAAACGCUUGAGACAGAACCAUUACUACUGGAUUGGGCUAAGAAAGGAAGCAGCAGGAUGGCAGUGGGACGAUGGAUCUCCAUUUACUAAUGAUAUCAUCCAAUUGGAAAAUGAAGAUGCAAAGCUGAAGUGUUCCUUCCUAAACAGUGACAAAAUUGUUACUGUAGAUUGCACAUCUUCAAGACGCUGGAUCUGUGUCAAAGAGUCCAAAUGAAUCUUUUUCAUCUCCAGUGAAGUUAGUAGUGCAAGGUCAUUGAGGCCUGGUAUGAAUGAUGUAUGCUUGACAAAUACCUGCGUUGCAAGUUAGCAGCUGAAGCAAGAACUUAAGGUCAAGGACUAUUAGAACUCUUUUUGUGCAAAAACAAUCUUAUGCUCUGAGAAAAACAUGGAAAAUCAUCAGAAAAGGAAAUAACACCAUCUGGACUGAUAUAAAAUUGUAUAAGAACUGGAGGAAGUGGCACACCUUGGAUCAUGGCGGCCACCCAGGAUUGUCUCUUUGGAGUUGUGUGGGUAGAAGGCCUAGUAAACAAAGGCAAAGACCUGAUGACGUGACAGAAUGGACUAUGAAUGGAUGCCUAUUUUUUCUGCAAAUCGGAGUCGUUUAUUGAUCCAGUCUACUGUGUGGAUAUAGAUGUGAUUUUUGCCGGCUCUCCACAUCCUAUGAUCUUAUCCUGAUGGAAGGAACCUUGACUGGCCAUCAGGAGGAUUCUGACCUUUGGAAUCUGGUAUAGAAUGUUUGGGGUGUGAAAUAUGGAGUGAGUAAGGUUUGUUUUGUAUCACUGGAGAGCAUUUAGAGUAUUAUAUACUAACACUGUUUGUCUGGUAUCUGCUUGCUCCACAUUUUGUGGGGAGACCUCUAUUGCCGGUCUAACACUUAGGCAAUUUACAGACACAUAAAAAGAGAUUACAUUGUUUAAAAAAAACAAACCUCAUGGCGGGGGGCAGGGGGUGAGUCUCAGCAUUUUGUUGUUAACAGAAAAAAGUAUGUCUGGAUUUUUUUUUUUCUUAAUUUCUAACUCUGACAAGGGAUUAAGGGGAAAAUAACUUUGUAUUGUGAACAGCAUUUUAUGUAAAUUAAUUUUCACUCUUUUUCCCAGCAAUUUGUAUCGAUUUUUCUGACAGCAACAGGGAGAAGAACUUUUUUUUUUUUUUUGAACUGACUAGAUUUCAAGUUCCUGUUACCCACUUCAAUUCAGUACAUUUCAGAGGUUUGGGUUUUUUUUUUUUUAAAUGUACUUGAAUCUACAGCAGGAUUCCCAAUUUACCACAGACACAAGAGUCUUGUUACAGAAUUCAUGUCCCACUUGCUGGGCCUUCCUUAAGUUAUAAUUGGCUUUCUGGAGCAUUUCAUGUUAAAUGCUAUAUCAUGGCUGUUUUAAGGCAAUGGUUCUAAACUUCUUCAGUACAGUUAUCCUAUAUGAAACCAGAAACAAUUUUCAAGAUCCUCUUCCCAUCUAGCCAUAAAGAAGGGGAAGGUGGUUGCCUGAAACUUGUUUGUGGCCUGACAAGGGUUACAGCUCCCAGGUUGGAAAUCCAUUAUCUCGGAUAUCUGCCAUUAUCAGUCUAUGUAGCCAGGGGUGAGUGCCAGUGCCACAGCAAGAUAUCUUUAAUCUAUUGUUAUAAUUUUUACUAAUUGUUCUUUGUUCAGCAUUAGAUUUCUGGGUUAUUCGCCAGACGCGCUUCGGAAGCCAUGAUCACGCUCCUCUGACAAGCUGGAAAAUCAGUCUUAAAUCUGAAAAGUCUACAAUUCUAACCUACCUAAAAUCCCAAAUUGCACAUUAAGGCCACCUGAGAAUAGAUAUAGUAAGGUGUUGAGGACCCUCAUGUCCCACUGAAGGUACCUGGCAGUAUUAGACACUUCUAAACAGUUGGAUACUUUAAGUUUGUAUAUUGUAGUGUAACUAUUUUUUUUAAACUAGAUCAUGUACAAGUUUUUCAAUGUAUUAAUAAUUUUUAAUUCAGAAUGUGAAGCAUCUUUCAGAACAGGGAUCGACAAAUGGAAUUAUUUUAAUCAAAGAUUAUCAGUCAGAUUAAUACAGGAAAAGACACAUUUUACGACCUCCUGUACUACAUGAUAGAUAAGCUAAAGAGAGUUCUAAUCUGGUCAUAAUUAAUAACAUCUGACAACUGACAGCUCUUAAUGAGUUAAAUGUCUUUUUAAUGGGUCCUUAAUUUCAGUCAUUACAAAAAAACAUUUGCUAUAACAAGUACCUCUUAUUAAUCACAGAACAUAAUUAGAGCAUAGACAUCCCUUAUCAGUCACCCAGUCUUAUUUGUAACAUACUUUUGUAGACACUUACUAGUUUGAGGGGUCUUUUCCUUAGACAUUUAGAUUCCCACAAGCUUGGAGACACCAGCAAUAAUGAGGUACAGCCCAAUACUCAAUCACUGGAAAUUCCUGAACACAAGUCACUCACAGGCUAAGAACCAAUAGUCUUUGUUAAGUCCCAGAGUAUCUUUGAAUUCUAAUAUAAAAGAUUCUGGGGGAAUAGUUAAUAUGCAAAUGAUUAAUAUACAAGAAAAAGAGGACUAAAAAUAAUAUUUACCAACAAGUAGUUGUAUAUAAAACUCAGCUAUACAAUGUCUUUAUAUAUUUUUUUGUCUGUCUGUGCUUGUCUCUUGCUCUCUGUAUAUGUUUUUAUCAUAACUGAUUGAGAAAUUAACACAAAUAUCUUCUGCAAUUAUUCUGAUCCUAUUCAUGCUUUUUUGGAGGGCAUGUGUGAUGCUCUGUACCUCCAACACCCUAAACCCCCAUGUUCAUCUUUAUAAAAUGAUUGUGCAGUAUCCAAUGCAAAGUUUGUCAUAUUGAGUGUCUUCAGAAGGCUCAUGAUGCACUGAGCAUGGUUGUUACAGUAAUUGUUGCAGUAAUGUUACAUGAAAUUAUAACCCAGGGGUCGGCAACCUUUCAGCAGUGGUGUGCCGAGUUUUCAUGUAUACACUCUAAUUUAAGGCUUCGCG